UUAUGUACCUACAUAUCUCGUUAUCUCAGUAAAUUAUUCUCACAAAAAAAACAUCGAAGGUAUUCCACUAUCCAGUAAGCAUCAGAAAAUUUUAGUGUAAACUGGGAGUUUUUGGUGGUCAGCUACAUGAAAGUGAUUCUGAAGUCUGUUUUGGCGGAGACCAAUUUAGAUGCUCCGCCUAAAUCGCUUUUUAGCGAUGUUUAUUCUAGGGUUUGUGAUAGUUUAGGGCUCAAGGAAACAUGGUACUUUGGUCUUUGCUACCAGCCCAACAGAACUACGGAUUUGGUGUGGUUGGACACGUCCAAGAAGGUCCUGAAGAAACUACCAACUGCAACCAAAAAUUUGAGUUUCCGCAUAAAGUAUUAUCCAGAGGACGUGGGUACUGAACUGAUCGAGAACAUAACCCUCCAAAUUUUCUAUCUGGAAAUAAAGAAGGCCAUUCUGUCCAACGAUAUCUAUUGUCCUGCCGAUACUGCAGCGUUGUUGGCCUCGUAUUCACUUCAAGUUGAGUUUGGCGACUUUAACGAGAACAGGUACAACAGAUAUUUGAUGGCCCAUCAGGAAUUUUUACCUCGCAGGGUUUUCAAGCUGUACGACCUGAAUCCCUGUACGUGGACGGCGAGCAUCACUGCCAUGUGGAAAAAACUAUCAGGGAUGGAUCCAGAAGAGGCGAUGUUGGAAUACCUCAAACUGGCUCAGAAUUUGGAUAUGUUCGGGGUGUCCUAUUUCAACAUCUUGAACAAGAAGAAAACGAAAUUGCUCAUUGGGGUUACCCCCUUGGGUCUGAAUAUAUAUACGCCUGUCGAUAAAUUGACACCACAAUUGUCGUUUUCUUGGUCUGAAAUAAAAAAAUUGAGGUUCAAGGGUAAGAAAUUCCUGAUCAGGUUCAUGGGUAAAAAAAUACCAAACUUCACGUUCUACACGACGAGUAAGAUAAGAAGCAAACAAAUCUACAACCUUUCUCUUGGCAAUCAAGAGCUCUAUAUCAGACGUAGAGAACCAGAUAGUCCUGAAGUGACUGUUUUGAGGGAAAGGGCCAAGGCUUUGAGGGACCUGAGACUGAGAAACAAGGAAAAACUGAAACUGGAUAUAUCCUCCAAGGAAGAUUCUUUGCGUAGGGAGGAAGAGUACCAACACCACCUGCAGAAAUUACAGCAGGACCUUGAAUCCACAAUGCAAAGGAUCCAACAAGAAAUCGCGGAGAAACUGGAGGAAACAAAAAAGUUACAAAAACAGAUAGAAGCGGCUAGAAAAGACGAGGAAGAUUACAAAAUUAAAUUGAGAAAAGAAGAGCUGGAUAAGCUAAGACGAAAGGCGAUGUUAGAGGACGAGGCCAGGAGGGAGAAGGAAAUUUCUGUGUUGUUUUCGGACCCUGAUAACACCUCGACAUUUCCUGAAGUUUUCAGGGUCGAUGACGAACUUCAGGUUCACGUGAAGUCCCUCCGAACAAAAUUAGAAGAUUCUAUAAGGGAAGGAGAGCAAACGAUGCUGGAUAGAAUACAUCAGGAAAAUAUAAGGGAAGCGAGGAACAAGUACAAAACUCUGUCUGAUAUACGAGGAGAGAAUUGUAUCAAAAGGAUCAAGUUCUUUGAUAAGAUGUGAAUGUCCAUCUUCGAAGAAAUUAUUAUAUUCUACGUAUAUUAUGUAUUGAUUUAUGUUAAUUUCGAAAGAUUUUGUUGUCUUUCUUUAUGGAAUAAAAGGGGUAUUGAUUAAA